CUUCAUUUCCGCCACUACCCCGAUACUUCCGGAACCUGCGGAAACGGCCCGUUGCCAUGGCGGCUAUGUACACAGUUCUGCCGCGGCCAGUAGUGCUUGCGGUCGCUGCACAGGCAGCGGUGGCGCGGCGGGAGGGCCACUGCCUCCGGAGCGGUGAACAGGGGCCACGCGCCGCCCGGGUGGGGAGAAGCAAGACUGGAGAGGGGGUGUACGGCGAGGCGGCGGGCAGCGACUGGGAUCCGAACACUGCUCCACCUGGGAGUCCCCUGGCUUAGCUCGCUGAUCUGUGAAAUCCGAGCGGAGGAGAGAGCGCGGCAUCGUGAGGGGCCCUUUCGGGCAGGCUGCGGGAUAGGGUCUUCGGAUCUAACGUUCCCGGGUCCCACGAGGGCUCUGCGUCGCUGCCGAGGUUGAGAGGGCGCGAAGUGGGGGACCAGAGGUCUUCUGGACCCUUUUGUACUCGUCAGUUUUCGAACUGGAGGGGGCUUCGGGAUUGCCAGGUCGAUGCGCUCGCUGUACAGAUGAGAAAACCGCUCCAGAGAGGGACAGGAAUGGUCCCAGGGCCAACUGCCUCCCACAGUCCACGCAGGGGUCCGUAGUGACAGAAGAUGGACCCACAUGUGGAGAUUCAGCCGUCCUCUGACUUCCAGCCAUGACCAUCACUACCAACCACCAUUUCUUGAGUUCCUGCUCUGUGCUGGGCACUGUUCUGGACAUUGAGGGGGGAUUCAAAAGAGAUAAAGCACAGUUCUAUCCCUCAAGCAACUUGUAAUUCAAUUUGGGAGUGGAAACCCAUUCAAAUGAUGCGGCGUAAGAAUGGUAACAAGCAUUAUUUCACUAGAAUGGGCACUAGGAAAAAAGUUCAUGCAUUCGUCCGUGUCAAACCCACCGACGACUUCGCUCAUGACAUGAUCAAAUACGGAGAUGACAACAAAAGCAUUGAUAUUCACUUAAAAAAAGAUCUUCAGAGAGGAGUUGUCAAUAACAAGCAGACAGACUGGUCGUUCAAGCUGGAUGGAGUUCUCCACAAUGCCUCCCAGGACUUGGUUUACGAGACAGUCGCGAAGGAUGUGGUUGCUCAGGCCCUCGACGGAUACAAUGGUACCAUCAUGUGUUAUGGGCAGACAGGAGCCGGCAAGACAUACACCAUGACAGGGGCAACUGAGAAUUACAAGCACCGGGGGAUCCUUCCUCGUGCCCUCCAGCAGGUUUUUAGGAUGAUUGAAGAACGCCCCACACAUGCCAUCACUGUGCGUGUUUCCUACCUGGAAAUCUACAACGAGAGUCUAUUUGAUCUCCUGUCCACUCUGCCCUAUGUCGGACCGUCAGUCACACCAAUGACCAUUGUGGAAAACCCUCAAGGGGUCUUCGUUAAAGGCUUGUCAGUCCACCUUACAAGUCAGGAGGAGGAUGCCUUCAGCCUCCUUUUUGAGGGAGAGACCAACAGGAUUAUAGCCUCCCACACGAUGAACAAAAACUCAUCCAGGUCACACUGCAUUUUCACCAUCUAUGUGGAGGCCCAUUCACGGACUUUAUCAGACGAAAAGUACAUCACUUCCAAAAUUAACUUGGUGGAUCUAGCGGGCUCGGAAAGGCUGGGGAAGUCUGGGUCUGAGGGCCGCGUGCUGAAGGAAGCCACCUACAUCAACAAGUCGCUGUCAUUCCUGGAGCAGGCCAUCAUUGCCCUGGGGGACCAGAAGCGGGACCACAUCCCCUUCCGGCAGUGCAAGCUCACCCACGCCCUGAAGGACUCGUUAGGGGGAAAUUGCAAUAUGGUCCUCUUGACGAACAUCUAUGGAGAAGCCGCCCAGUUAGAAGAGACGCUGUCUUCACUGCGGUUCGCCAGCAGGAUGAAGCUGGUCACCACGGAGCCUGCCAUCAAUGAAAAGUACGAUGCUGAGCGAAUGGUCAAGAACCUGGAGAAGGAGCUGGCGCUGCUCAAGCAGGAGCUGGCCAUCCAUGACAGCCUGGCCAACCGCACCCUCGUGAACUACGAUCCCAUGGAUGAAAUCCAGAUCGCUGAGAUCAACUCCCAGGUGCGGAGGUACCUGGAGGGGACGCUGGACGAGAUUGACAUCAUCAACCUCAGACAGAUCCAGGAGGUGUUCAACCAGUUCCGGGUGGUGCUGAGCCAACAGGAACAGGAAGUGGAGUCCGCUUUGCGCAGGAAGUACACCCUCAUAGACAAGAAUGACUUCACCGCCAUUUCUGCAGUCCAGAAGGCAGGGCUUAUGGACGUUGAUGGCCACCUAGUGGGUGAGCCUGAUGGACAAGGCUUUGGACUCGGGGUCACCUCUUUCUCUACCAAACCUGGGAAGAAAUCCAAGUCCAAGAAGACGUUCAAAGAACAGCUCAGCUCCUCCGCAAGAAAGGAGGGCGCCAGCAGCCCUGUGAGUGGCAAGGAUUUUGAGGUCUCCACCUCCAAGACCCAGCUGACCCCAUCCUCCAAGGAGGGGGAUGUCAAAGACCUGCCUCUGCGGGACCUGGAAACCUCCAGCGCUGAGCCCCUUCCCUCGGACUCCCCAAAGGAGGAGUCACGCCCACCCAGGCCCAGUACCCCACCCCCCAAACCUGUGGCCUUCGAGGACUUUAAGAAUGAGCGGGGCAGUGAGAUCAACCGCAUCUUCAAAGAGAACAAAUCCAUCUUGAAUGAGCGGAGGAAAAGAGCCAGCGAGACCACGCAGCGCAUCAAUGCCAUCAAGCGGGAGAUGGACAUGACCAAGGAGGCGCUGAAUUUUCAGAAGUCACUCCGGGAGAAGCAAGGUGAGUAUGAGAACAAGGGGCUGAUGAUCAUCGAUGAGGAGGAAUUCCUGCUGAUUCUGAAGCUCAAAGACCUCAAGAAGCAGUACCGUGCUGAGUACCAGGACCUGCGUGACCUCAAGGCCGAGAUCCAGUACUGCCAGCACCUGGUGGAUCAGUGUCGUCACCGCCUGCUCACAGAAUUCGAUAUCUGGUACAAUGAGUCCUUCUUCAUCCCCGAGGACAUGCAGGUGUCACUGAAGCCAGGUAGCAGCAUCCGGCCAGGCAUGGUGCCUGUCAGCAGGCUCGUGUCUCUGGGAGAAGAUGACCAGGACAAGUUCAGCCAGCUACAGCAGAUGAUGCUGCCUGAGGGCCCUGACUCCAUCUCCUUCUACAAUGCCAAAGUCAAGACAGAACAGAAGCACAAUUACUUGAAAACCAUGAUGGGCCUUCGGCAGGGACACAGGAAGUAGGGACUCAUCGCCAGUGCCUUAAAGGACAAGACUCCCAGGAACUCCCGCCUGCUCUAGUGGGGCCGCUAAACCACCUGCCCAGAGCUCCAAACGCUCUGCUCCGAGGCUGGGGCCCAGCGCAGAGAACUCACGACAGCAACAUCCUUCGCUCGUCUUCCCAGAACACUUUUGGUUUCAAUUCACUAUCUUAUGUGCGGGGACAGGAUAAAAUAACCUUCUAGUCUGGACUUUUGAUGCUCACUCAAGAACUUGCUUUUUUAUUUCCCGUCCAGGAGGAUGUCUUCCCUGUGUACAGGUGGGGUCAGAACUGAGUCUCCAGUAAGAAGGUGAAAAAGUAGCUCAGCCACACUCCUUGUGGUGUGCCUUUGUCCCACUGGCCGGCCCCUUUCCUUCCCUGGAUGGACAUCCUGGGGGUGAACUGGGCCUGAGCAGCCCUGAUUCUCACAGCUGCUUCAAGCUGUAGGUCCUCUCAGGGCAUCCUCUCUGUGUUCCUGAGCCAGUGACGGCAGGAGGCCCUCCUUCCUCAGCAACCAGAAGAAGAAUGGGUCUAGGUGGAAAUGGCUGAAGGGCAGAUUUUUAUCUCACAAUAAGAGGCUUAAAAUGAGAGCAGUCUUAGGGGGAAGGUAGCAGCAAGGGCCCCACAGUAGGGGGCUCUCUGGCAAGAAGGUUACAGAACAUGCAUCGGAUAGAAGGUUGAACUGGAUGGCAUUGGUCCAAAGACCCCGUGAUUCUGACUUCAGCCCACCAGUGAGCAGAUGGAUGGGGGUUUGUGGAAGAGAGAAAGUAGAAAGGCAACCUUGAGGUCUCUGCCCUCUUCCUAUUCACCCCUUUCUCUUUCAUAAUGGACACACAGCGAUCCUAAAAGAGCUUUCAGAGACUCCUACUACCCCAAGGCUUUGCAGAGCAGCUUUGAAGUGCCCGACUUCAUCCCCCUGGAUGACACACAAGGGGACUGUCACUGACCAACCCUAAUGGUGUGCACCCAGCCCUCUUGGUCGGUCCUCACGUUUCCUCUGAUUUGGCCAAAUAGACAAGUCUGCCCAGGCUCUACCUACCCUCCCAGCUAGUGGAGGCCUUAAGCAGAGAGUUCUGAUUUUUUCUUGGCUGCAUCUCCUCUUACCAGGAC